AUGUCUUCCCCUCAGAAGCAGAAGAAGAAACCCGACUUCGCGAAGACCCUGGGACUCACCCCGAGUCAGACGGAGCACCUACUGAUGGGAUACCUGUGCAUGCCAAAGCCCAAGGUUGACUGGAAGAAGCUUGGGGAGCUUAACCAUGUUACGCCCUCUUCAGCUAGAACGGUCUUUACGAAUGCUCGACGCAGCCUCGAGAGAUGGGAGGAGAAGAGAACAGCUGGAGCGACUCCCAAGAAAAACGAGCAAACUGAGCAAGCUGAGCAAGCUGAGGAAGACAAACAAGAUGCUGAACACGUGGAUGAACAUGAUGAGGACACUGAGAAUUAG